UUUCUGAGUGAAAUGACACGAAUGUUUCAGAAGUCCAAGUUGGGAAAACCUAUACAACUCACCAUGAAAAAAUAUGAUGGUCGGACGAAACCCAUUCCACGAGAUGGCAAGCCUUCCUUGCCAGAAGCCCAGGAGCAUAAAUGCUUAAUUCGAGUUGUCUUAGGAAACAAGAAAAUUAGUACAGUUGUGUGCCAGAAAGACAUAAAUAAAUUUCAGCUGGCAUAUGCAAAUGUCCUCAAAGGAAACAUGGACGGCCUUAAGAAGAAAGAAAAAAUGAAAGUUAAAAUGAAAAGCAAAGCAAAUGCUAUUUAA